CACAAACGCGCACGACUGUCAACAAACCCUUCUUGAGAACGAGCAACCCGCAAUCAUGGGAAUUUUAGAGACAGAGUUAGCUGAGCUUCAGCAAUGUGUUCCACGAGUAAUUGCGGACAGCACUGUUGAAGCUUGUGUCCCAGCAAUGGUUCGGGUAAACAUAGAGAGGACGAAGUACAAACAAAUUGUUGCGUGUUUCCAGUUCCAGCCUGAUUACCCCAGUAGCCUUGCACUGAUUGAAUUGAAAAGCCGGCAUGUAUCAGAAAAACUUUUGGAUGGACUUGUAAAGUUGUGUGAAGAAGAAGCAAAGAAAUAUCUAGGGAAGCCACAGGUUUUGCAUGUGUUGAGGUUUGUACGCAAUUUCAUCGAUGAAAACCCACUUUGCUGCUGUUCAGAAGAAAUUUCUAAUGUAAGGAAGAAACUGAUUGCAGGAUCAGAUGAGCUGAAAUUACGCCAGAAAACAUCAUCUGUGGUUGUGAAAGUACAAGAAGGUCAAUACGUAAUGAAAUACAAUAUCACGGUGCCAGAAAACUAUCCAGAUAAACAGGUUGGGAUUGAGGAAAAGGAAUGCAACUUCCCAUCAGUCUUCCGCCGAUGGUUCCUUGCACAGGCAACAGAAAUAGCUCGUCAGUGUGUUGAGCCACCGGCCAAGAAAAGGCCUAAGGACCCACCUUUUGUGUUGAGGCCGUCAAUGGAACCCGUUGUCUCUUUUCUUGUGUCUGAGGUUCACCUGUAUCCUAAAUUAGAAUGCAAGAUGUGCAGGAAGAAGGCCUUUCCCACAAACCCCAAGGACAUUGAGACAAGUGAAUCAGGGCCACUGCAUGUUGAAAGGAUCUACUGUGGCCAUGUAUACCACAACAAGUGCCUGGACAAAUACAUCCGCACCCCACCUUUCCAGGGUGGGAAGAAGUGCCACACCUGUAACAACAAGAUUUACCAUGAUAAGUGGAAGCUAACUCCAGAAACAGCUGAAGCUAGGUGGGCACACAAGCAAGCCAAGCAGAGGGAACUUGAUGAAGUUGUAGACUUUCUUAGCUAAUAGAGGAUAGAUGAUUUUUUUGUAGAGCUUAUAACUAUGUACAUGAAGAGGAAAAAAGUGCAAAUACUUUAGACUGUCUAUUUUCAUUUUUGGGAUUGAUAGAUCUUUAGCUGUUUGUCAUUGUUUAUAUGAAAGAAUGAUAACCAGAUAGUCUAUUUAAGAUUAUUAUUUUUUCUGUCAUUGGUAAAUAAUCUUUUGUAACUCAUGUUAAGGUAUCAACAUGAAUUUAGCAAUAUUCUCCCUGUUGUAAGGGAGGCCAAAAGCAAAUAACAGUGAGAUCUAGAUGAUGAUGCAUUUUCCAAUGUCUUGUACAAAGUCAAGAGGUAAGACCGGAUGUAAUGUAGUCUGAUAGACAUUCAAGACUGGGAUCUGUUUAUAUAUAGAGGGAUGAGCCAGGCAACUGACAUACAUCACAGUGCUUUCUGCCAUCUCCCACAAGCCCUUUUGUAGAAUUUUGUUGUCCUUUGACCCUUUUUCAAGUAAUAUCAUUGUGCCACGACAUGAAUCUUUCUAAUCCGUGAUGGUGAUUAUAUCUUUGGAGUUGCCAUUUUUGCAUGACAGCUGAUGAGUAGGAUUCUUAGGCAAUAGCAGGCUGUGAGGAUAACUGGAUACUUUUACUUCCCCUUUCAAUCAAGCACUAUUUUGUGAUAUUUCUGAGAUUUCACAUAAUUCUCAUAGACAUGUAUACUGUGUAUACAAGAAAUGUCUGUAGAACUAAACAUUUUGUUUUUAGUAUACUACAGUUUUGGUUACAAUGACCAUUAUUUAUUUAAAACUUUUAGACUAAUAUUUGACAUAUUGUCUAUGACCAUUUUAAUGCUUUCUUCUUCCCUUUUUUCCUUUGGGAAAUGCAAAUGCAAUAUAUGAAAUGUCCUGUGCCUCAUGUAAUUAAUGUUACAAAAGAAAAUUUAAACCUCUUGCUUAAAAAAAGAAAAUACAAAAUGCUGAUUUCAAAUGCUGUGUAUAUUUGAUUAUCAUAUUAGCUUCAGAUAUUUGUUCCUAGAAUAACUGUAUGUUUUUGUGUUACUUGUUCAACUUUUUUUGCAUGGCAUGGAAGGUGAAAACAUUCAGAAUUAACAUUAUUGAAAAUUGGCAAGUAUUUGGGUACAAGGUAUGAGAUACCAGUUUUUGAGUUGAGUAUUUUGCUAACACUAGUUCAUGUGAGUUCUGCUCCUAUUUUAAUUUCAAGACUUAUUUUUUAGCACUGUGCUUGCCAUCCUUUGAUAUAUGAAUUGUGUACUCAACUUAAAUUGGAAAUUUUGGAGAGCCUCACAUAUUUUACCUAAUAUUAAACCAGUUUUAAAGACUGCUUUGCUGAAAUAACCUAUGUAGAAUCACACUGGCUCUUAAUUUUUUUAAUACCUCUCUCUCCUCCUUCUCCCUCUCCCCUCUCCUCUCCCCUCUCCCUCUCCC